AUGUAUCUUCCGUGUACUUACAGGUAUGAAAGACAGGCUCUCGAGGAGGAGAUAGUCUCAAAGAACCCCGUCGACAUACUCCAGUUCUGCGCAAACUACUUUUUACGGCGGCUCGAAAACGAACGAACACACAACAGUUUUAGUGCUUCUCAGACGUCCUUCCCGGGCAUCAUGUCGUCAACAUUCAGCAGUCCGUUUGCGGCGAACUCGAAUCCCUUCGGGGCCGAUGGAAAGAAGAACGAGGCACCGCCCGCCGGUCCUCUCUUGAACGUCGUCGAGGAGGACGAGACCGAUACAAUCACUUCUCCUACUUCUCCGUCCUUCACAAGUGGCUUCUCCAACCGCGCAGCAAGUCCCUUCCGGGGCGUUUUUGGAGGUGAUGGCCCUACCGACGGACCCCCAUCGUCCCUACGUGGUCCUCCCAACCCGGACUCAUACCCGCCGCUGUACAACUUUGGCCGCCGUACGUCAGUGUCUGCCGAGUCGCUCAAGCCUGCGGGUGAUGGUAAUGACAACUGGUCGCCUCCGCAAAUACCCAAGACUCAGGACCAGCUCGCUCGACUGAAGAAGGCAAUCGGAGGAAACUUCUUGUUCAGUCACUUGGAUGAUGAGCAGAGUGCCCUUAUUCUGGGAGCCUUGGCUGAAAAGUCAAUUCCCGCUAAGGAUAUCAAGAUCAUCACUCAAGGCGAUUCGGGAGACUACUUUUACGUGGUCGAGAAGGGAACGUUUGAUGUUUACAUCAACCGCAACGGUGCCCCCGGACCUGACGGUCUCGGUGAGUUGGUCUCGACCAUCAAGGCUGGCGGCUCCUUCGGCGAGUUGGCUCUGAUGUACAACGCCCCCCGAGCUGCCACCGUUAUUUCCGCAGAACCCGGAUGUACACUCUGGGCUCUAGACCGUGUAACGUUUCGCCGUAUCCUCAUGGAGUCAACCUUUGCACGCAGACGAAUGUACGAGAACUUCCUCGAGGAGGUGCCUUUGCUCUCCAGUCUCACGCCCUACGAACGCUCCAAGAUUGCCGAUGCUCUUGAGACACAAAAGUUCCCACCUGGAACCACCAUCAUCCGACAAGGUGAUGUUGGCACAUCUUUUUUCCUUCUUGAGGCCGGUCAGUGUGACGCAUUUCUGGAGGAGGAUGAGGGACGACAGCUGGUGAAACACUACAACAAGGGCGAUUUCUUUGGCGAACUGGCGUUGCUUAACGACGCGCCACGAGCUGCAAGUGUCGUGAGUGCUACCGAAGUGAAGGUAUCAACCCUUGGAAAGAGUGCUUUUGCCAGACUGCUCGGUCCCGUGGAAGGUAUAAUGAGGAGGACUGAGUAUGUGAAAUCAGGUGUCGAGGAUGUAGAUCCUCUUCACUCUUAA